GGUUUUCCGCAAGUGACAGUCGUUUGGGCUAUGGGGAUCGACGCCCUUUUGCGCGCAAGAUGAGUUAGUGGUCAUCAGGAGCGUCAUGGCUGCAGUAGGAGAACCUGAUGCUCGGGGCGAUGAGCCUCAAGAUCGGGAUCGGGAUCAGGUUCGGAGACAGGAUUCAGUUCCGGAGCGGCUUCGGCGUCGGCGUGAGGGUAGAGAUUGGGAGCGGAAUCGUGAGUCUUGUCCCGUGCUCCCGAGCCCGCCACGUGGCACCCGUCCAGUGGUGAAAGACCUAGGCUUGGAUCGGACAGACAAGUCUAACACGUCUUUCAGGGUUUCUUUUUCUGCCCUUUCACGGCUGCUCUCGCUGGAAGAGCGGCAAUUGGAAGAUGCUGAGAAGGUUCUGCGUUCCGUCAUCGUUGAAAACUCGAGCAAUUUCAAAGAAUCACGGCUAUGGUUGACGAGCUCCAUAGCCAAGCUCACGGUGAGCAGGAAGGAGAAACUUCGCGUAUUCAGUAGUCUCUUUCCGCGCCAAUUCAACGAAGGAGAUCCGCCGGGAAAAUCUUAUCGGUCCCGCAAACGUCCAUCACGUGCUAUCAACAGCGAAUUGGAUAGCCCAUCUAGGACGACCGACAAACAUGACCAUCAAAGGCGAGGAAAUGCAGGAGGACCUCGUGAAGAAAGGCGAGGCUGUGGAGAAGGCAGGAAGAAAACUGAUGAGGACAGAGAUGGUAGUGAAGGAGAACCCAGGAGGGAUAUCGAAGGCGGCAGAGGUGUUUCUAUCAGUGGGAAUUCGUCAUCCAAAGCAACCAAAGAAGUGGGAGGAGAAGGAAAGGGAGAAGAGGGAGAAGAAGGAGAAGAGAGGUACGCUGCUGCCAGGCAGUUGAUUCUGUUGCUUUGUGAGAACAGGCCUCGUUGGGUUGGCGGAUUUUUAGCCCGCAACUGCCAAAAAUGGGUGCGCCGCUUUUUCAAAGGUAGUGCCCGGCGGAUCAUACUCUGGUUUCAGCAGUUUGCAGGGCCUGGUGGGGGCGACCAUCGCCAUGGCGCCCGGGCCCUGGCACGAUUUGCAUUUGCCCAUCGGGAGGAGUGCUGGAACAAACUCUCAUGGGGAGGUAAGCAUGCGCAGUCCCCAGUUAUGGUGGCAUCAAAGAUGUACUACUUCUGUGAACUUGAUGUCAUACAAACGAUUGAAGACUGGCUGGACAGUGUUCCGGAUUUCUGGAAUUCGCCAGAGCUUCAGGAGUCUCUUGAAGGGGGCGAGUUUCUCUCAAUCGAUUAUCACUUUUUUGCGGAUGAGCUUUGGCGUCAAUUUCGGGGCAACGAUGCAACCGGGGACAAUGGCGGGAAUUGCAGGACGAAUGCGGACUGCCGUCGGUUAUGGAGGCUUCUGGAAAGUUAUAUUGAAGAAGAGGAUUGGGGGGUGCUGUGUCGGCGACUCCUACAUCUGCUCGACUCAGCGACGACGCUGAACUUUUUGAAGACGCUUAGGGAAUGUUUGACCCUCUCAAAAGAUGGUAAGAAAGGAAAUGAACCCGGGGAGACAGGAAGGUCGUGGUCGAUGGAGAGACUGGUUGUCCUAGGGGCACGCUGGCCGUCGAUAGAAGAUGCUAUCGUCGGCAAUGCUUGCGCUGUUUAUGGUCGUCCGAUCGUACGGAUGCUGACAGAAGAUGACGAGUUUGCGAGCGAGAGGGACAAGCUGAAUGCAACGCUGAGGACGCAUCCCAUGGCGAAGACGGAGGUGGUUGGCGAUCGGGAAGAUAACCAAUGGGGGACGAUAUCCACAGAUGAUGGUGAUUAUUCGAGAGAUUUGCUUCUUUCUUUCAUGAGGACGGUAAUUGCCUCCUGGCUCUUGCGCUACCAGCUUCGCCAGGUCGGCAAAGAAGAUGACGGUGGACGGAAGUUAGAGGAAGCCAUGAAUGUGAUGGGGAUUGGUUUCGAAAGAGUUGUCGAACAUCGAACCGGGUCCGAAGUGAUGUAUUCAAGUGAGGUGGAUGAUGAUCGAACCAAGAGCGAGAGGAGAAAGUGGAAACGCGGCAGGGAGAGGAAACUGAAAAAACAGAAGAAGCAGCGAAAGAAGGAAAGGGGUAAGAGAAAGCAAAGGAAAGAUCACCGCAAAAAGAGAAAGCGGAAUGCUCUAACGGGUGACAGCUCCUGUGGCAGCGAAAGCGAUAGCGAUAGCGGAUGUGAGGAGAGAGAUGAAAGGUGUUCUUCCUUGAGGCAGCCAGGAUCGGAGAGAAGCAGGGGGUUAGAAGCACCAUGCUGCCAAUGGAAGCUUUCGACUGAUGGCUUUACGAUGACAUGGAUGAAGGUGGACCUCCCUGAUCACCUUGCCGAUUUUGCAUUGACAAGCCUUCUUCAGCAAUCAGCCAGCUGUGCAAAGUCUUUUGUGAAGCACCUAAGAGAUGGAGCUGGGGGGGGAGCUACAACGACGAGCAGAAGACUGGCUGAUGCUUCUGGAGGAAGGAUGCAGGAGAUUACAGGUGACGGUGGGCGAGCUAUCCUUGCGGGGUCGCAUGAGGAGCCACAGGACGCAGGGGGGGCGAGCUGUCUGGCUGACUGGGCAAAGAAUAUGGGCGAAGACGUGCUCGACAUCAUCUGGGAGCUGGAGGAGGGGCUGGAUCCUCUGCUAGAAUCCUGCAACGAGUGGACGACGGCACAUGGCAUGAUGUCUAUCUGUUAUGCCCUCUUCGCUGAGGGCCAUGACCUGCGCCAAAAGCUGGAUGACCGGCUGGUGGGCGAUGAUGUCAUGGAGGACGAGUUCUCGCACGCGAAUGGAGCGCAGGAAGACAAGGCCAACUCCGGCAUCAGCACCGACAACAACAACAGCAACAAGAUGUGCAACAACAAAAACUAUAACAACAAAAGUAACAAUGAUAACAACAACGACAAUGACCACGACAUCAGCGCAGUGGUGGGAUUUGGGCCAGAUAACAACAGCAACAAUAUGCACAACAACAAAGGCUAUAACAACAAUGGUAACGAUGAUAACAACAACGGCGAUGACCACCACAGCGCGGGGAUUGGGCCAGAUAACAAUAACACCGACGACGAUGGGGAUGAAAAUAACAACAACUGCAAUGUUGGCGGCAGCGGUGACGACGGUGGCAGCGACGACGACGACGGCGGUGGAAGUGGUGAUGGCCAUGGGAGCAGCAGGGCAGACAGCAUCAGAACGAUGGGAAAGAAGCCCCAGGCUAAUAAGAAGGUUAUAUGCGGAGUGAUGGGCCUGGCGAGAUGGGGGUUGGCGAGAUGGGGUUUGGCGUUGAAGGAACAAUCAGCUGUUUCCCCCCCCCUCCUAUUUGCUGUUUCUACAUGGUGAUUCGUUCUUCUCUGUCUGCCAUCGGGUGGGAAUUGGAUAGACGUCCAACCCCGUUUUCUUUGAUUAGAGCUGACCGGCCCUCAAUCUCUAAUCAUGACGGGGUGUCGAUCGCCCCCAAGGGAUGUAGGUACAGUAGGUUUUCGAGUUAGGCUUUGUUUUGUUUUGUUUGUUUUUCUCCCGGGGAUGAUUGAUGUCGACGGCUUUAUAGAUACAAUAAUUCUUUAUGGGCACGAGGUCAAUCCUUCCCUGUCGCAGGGAAGUAAUCAAUGCCUCUGCUCAUCUUUGGAACAUUCGGAUCGAGUAUAUCUCAGAUAAUGUUCACAUGCACCAUAUCACAUACUCGAUGGAUAAAGAUCAUACACAUUG